AUGGGCAACGAACCAUGGCUCGACAGCCUGUCCGACGACUGGCCAUCAGGGCCAUCAGCCCCUGCGACACCUACGACGCCGGGACCGUCCAAGAAUCUCCUCGCCUCCUCGCCUCGGCGUGCGCAGGAUUCCCCCAGUCGCAUUCCAGUGGCCGCCCGCCGAUCCGUGGCACAACAGUCAUCCCCGGCUGAUAACCUGAAAAAGGUGACCCGACCAUGUCAUUUCAUUAGGAGAGAACCUCCGACUCCCAAGACCAGGACACCCAUAAAACCACGAUCAACGACCCCCGCAAAGUCCAGAACCGAUACCCCGAAGUCCUCUCCGAAGCCCCCUCCGAAACUCUCUCUAUCGCCGAAGCCGACACCGAAGCGCAGCCCGAGACCUAGCGCGGGUGCGGCUGGCAAACAACCGGUAAACAUGGACACGCGCUCCCCACUACGAUCAGUAUCGAAUGUGUCUAGUCAAUCGGGUACUCAGUCAGAAUACCAGGGUACGGACACCGUGCAGAUCAAACCAAAGAAGGGUCAAAAUACAAGGGAAGCUACACCAGAAUGGCGGAAGCGCCUGGUGCGCGGGGAGAUUUCCGCGGGGGAACAACGCGACUUGUUUGCGCCGAUGGGUCUCGAGAGUGUCUUCAAGCCACCAACGCCCGGCUCGGGAGCUGGUCAGCAAGAUUCCAUCCCGUUUACGAGACAGGACGAUCAGUUGUGGGAGUUCACCGACGCGACUGGGGAAACAGGGGAAAACAAGAGUGCGCCAGAAGACUUUGACGCUGAAUACUCGGGUACUGGUUUGGAAUCGCCUAUGGGCACAGUCAAUCGGUCACCCUGGAUACAGAGACCCGACACGAACUUCACACAGGAGGGCUAUUCACAAGGAGAAGACACGGGGCUGCGAACCGCUAGCGGACUUGAGGAUCUUCGCAAUGAGGGCAUCACACCGAUCACUUUCACCGGUCCCAAUACUCUGGAAGGCGGUGCCGCGUCGGAAGUGAUAAAGUCUGCGCUGAAGCAGGUCACCAACAAACUCGAGAGUUUGUCAAUCGACCCUGACAACCGGCCCGACUCGCCGGCCAGCGACAGCUUCCUCUUCUACAACCACAGCGAGCCCCGACUCGAUGGCUCCCCGCGUGACGACAGCCUGCUGGAUGUGACGAGUCACUCCUUGCCGCAGGACCUAUCGAUGGGCACGGUCGACUUUAGCCGCCGCGGCACCAGUCGUGGUUUCCAACAUCGAUUCUCCCCUUCCCCCUUCCAUUCCCACCGCCGACGACCUGCAGCUCUUGCAAACACCAAAAUUCGCAGCUCUCCCCUCUUCAGUCGCUCACAGACCAACGGAUCGCCCGGUUUGCCGCGCCCUUCUUCCUCUCACGUUCGUCCUUCAACGUCCGGAGAUGCUGCAUCGAAAGAGGCCACCAUGCCUUCCUCGGGCAGCCCCCUCAAACUAUUUGGUGAACACGAUACAUUCACCAACAAUCGGCUUUUGCGACGCAUGAGUCAGUUUGAAGAAACCUUCGGCGACAAUUCCGACGGUGAUGAGCCCCCCUCGCCAUCUGAGGAAGCCCGUCGCAAAGUCGAGAACCGCAGCUUCCUGAAUGCUCGACAUGAACCACUAAGUGAGAUCUCCUCCAGACUCAACGAGCGGCUAGCGUCGAGAAACGUGAACCGUCCUCGGAUAAGUCGAUUCGGGGACGGUGAACUCGACAAGUUUGAUUUCUCGGAUGCGAGCCCUUACGAAAACAAGUUGGUCUACGACGAGGUCCAGGGAUUCGGCUCUCGGCCUGCUUCACGGAAGCGAUCGUCAGAGAAACGUUACAGGAUCAUCCCGCCCCCCGGGAAAGAGAACGUCGGAUUUCCAGAAACAAAAAGAGUACCAAAGGCAACACCCGCGGAUCCACGCCCCAAACGCCGUCGAACAAUAUUGCGAGACGACAGUGCUGAGCCUGAACGACCGCAUACCGCUGGCGACUCACCAACAAAAUUCGGGGAGAGCAUGUCGUUGUUGCAAAGGAGCUUGUUAGAACAUGGGAUGCAAUUUGAGAAUGGCGACUACCUUGCGCCUCCAGGUAUCUCACAAUCUAUGCAACGUCCGAGAACGCCGACCCCAAGCCAAAUACGAUCUUCUCACGAAUCGAAGAUUGCACCGAGUGGAACGUACUCGGAAACAAACUUUGACGAGCGUGACUAUUCGGAUUCUUUCUCUCUUGAAGGUGACAUUCCUCUAGUCAAGAUAACUGGCACUAGCGAGUCGUCCCGGAAAGGAUCCAUUACAACCCAGGAUUACCUCAACGAGGCUACGAAGAUCAUGGACUUGAUCCGUUCCAAAGGUCGACCAGCCACAGGUUUGACCAGUGUGCAGGAGUCUGAUCCAGACAGCGAAGAAGGGGGUCUCAGCUACGAAGAUGAAUCUACGCGAGAGGCCUUCUCUCGUCCUCCUAGCCGGGAAGGAACUGAUUUGCGGAAGCAGCGCGAGCCAAAAGAGUUGAACCCUCAAAUCUUGAACUAUUUGAAAAAGUACCAAGAGAGAGAGGAUCAGGAAUUCGGUGCAAAUGAGUCGGUUAUGUCACUGAAAGUUGAUGGCCAGCUCAAGCCAGAUAACCAGCCAUUCCGGGGUCUGGCACCUGAACAGAGGAAGCGAAAGCCGAGCGGUUCGAUGUAUGAUGCUGCGGAAGAUAUUGCUCAUGAUCUGAUGACAAUCAACACGCAAAUGUCUGGUUUCAGUGUUCGUUCCGUCCCAACUGGAUCUUCGCAGAACUCUCAAGCAAAGGGGGUGUUGUCGUCGGACCUUGUGGCGCAUUUGAUUCCAGAACAGGUUAACGGCUUUGUUUAUGAUCGGUCGAAGCAUCAGUGGGUAAAGGACGAUGCACGACCGCCGGAACCCAAGACCAUUCAUCAAGACGACCCUGACGAUCCUUUCGAGGACAUUCCAGACUUGAGUGUGGACGAACUCCAGGAAAUGAUGCGAGUCCAUGGUCUAGGUUCUCCCACGAAAUCCCAGGCCGGACAUCAAUCCGAGGGUCAGCGUCAACCGCCCAGUGCGAGCGCCUCACCCAGCAAACCUGAUCAGCGACCACGUACGAGAGAUGGAUCUGUCGAUUCAAGCGCUGCACAAUCCCGGAACACACCCUUCACAUCUAGUGUUCCUAACUCAGGGACCCGAGCUACAUCAUGGGGAACAGAAGAAAUGCCUGAAAAGAACCGCGUUCCGGGCAAGUCUUCCGUACGAGGCGCCUCCGGAACAACACCUGAACAGCAGCCAAAAAAGUCUCGCGUUGCAACGAUCUCCUUCUCAUCACCUCUUGUUUCACACAUUGCAUAUCGAGAUGAUCCGAACGAGUCAGAAGCCAGCGACCAGCCAGGAGAUUCAAAUUAUGUGCCUUCUGACCCGACUGAUCAAAAGGGCGGUCCCUCCCGCUCGUCGGUGCCGCCGAGACCACGCGAAACGUCAGUUGCAGGGCAGCCAUUCGUCCGACGACCCAUUUCUAGGAUCGAUGAGCGCAAUGAGGACGGCGGAGACGACCUCAGUCUUGUCCGGUUGAAUGAUUCACCGCGUGCCAAGGAUACGGCUGUAGCGAAUGCCGCAGAGCAGUCGCUCGUUCCUCUCCUGUCCCCCGAGCAGGAAAAUAGCUACAGCUUCCACCUUAGCCCGCUACCAGAUUUCUCCAUUAACCAGCCGGAUCGUCCUUUGAACCUUGAAAUGAGUUACGUGGCACAGAGAACGAACCCGACCUCUCUCAGACAAGUCCAUGGCACCUUCACACUUGCCACAGAAGACUUGAUCAAGCACAUCACGGAUGUGGAACCGUAUGAGCCAUACUGGGAACAUGUUCGUCGUCUGGUGCUACGACAAAAGGGACUGAUCACCUUGCACAAAUUGAAUCACUUUUGUCCCCGCCUCGAGGACCUUGACGUCUCCGACAACGAUAUCGGUCAACUGAGUGGCGUUCCCUCAAGCCUCCGGACCCUGAAGAUUCCCAGGAAUUGCCUCUCCAACCUCACCCCGUGGAGCCACUUGACCAAUCUACAAUACUUGGACAUUUCUGGAAACGAGAUCGAGACUUUGGAUGGCUUUUCCAGUCUCAUCCAUCUCAGGGAGUUGAAGGCGAAUGACAACCAAAUCCGUAACAUCGAUGGUAUUCUCGAAUUGAAUGGGCUGUUGAGCUUGAAACUCGGUAACAACUCGAUGACAGCCGUGGACUUUGAAGGGACCGAGCUGACACGACUUCGGGAUCUUGACUUAAGUUGCAACUGCUUAACAUCUGUCCGCAAUGUUGAAUGGCUCCCAUCACUUGCGACUCUUGAUCUUAGCGCCAACCAAAUUACUCGAUUUGAGUCUACAACUUCUCUUAUCAGCCUUCGCGCCCUAAGACUCUCUGGGAAUCGAUUGGAUGUUCUGGACGUGCAAAAUUUCUCGUCCGUGAACCUUUUGUAUCUUGAUCAGAAUUACCUGUCUACGAUUGCGGGCCUGGAGCAUUGCCACAAUUUAGAGGUUCUUUCAAUUCGCGAACAAACUCCAGCCACUCGAGAUGAUCCCGAUUUUGCUUUGAGUAUCGACCUGGGCUUGGUGAAAGAUAUUCGCAAAGUGUUCCUUUCGUCCAACAAACUCUCUCGUGGGUCUAUCACCCCAUCCACACCUCUUUUACGACUUCAACUGCUCGAUAUUGCUGCUUGCGCGCUGAACGCCCUUCCCACCCAAUUCGCAUCGCAAUUGGAACCGUUGGUAGGCAUGAACUGCUUGUCCAGGUUGGCAGUCGCUGGAAACCGACUCGCGAGAAUGCGACGUGUCUGUCAAAUUUUGAGUCGUCUUGGAAGAACAAGCAAAGGAAAUCCUUGCUCUCUUCGCAAGCUUGAUAUGCGAGGUAAUCCUCUAACCAUUGGUUUCUAUCCUCCGGCUCUCACCGGGAAUGGAUCGAAUGCAGACCGCAAGAAAUUGAAGGACCAGGGAAACGCAGUUGUUCCGCAACAAGAGAGCCGCCGAGACCUGUCUGAUGCUCUUGCUGAUCUCGACCACCAUGACCACGUCGCUCAUGCAGUUACCUGGGAGGAUGGCUCCAAGCCCGAUCGAGAUGUAGAAGUCAACGAUCCCUUUACUCUGCCACCGGCGGAUACACGAGCGGACGAGAAAUACCUUCUUCACCUGGAUCGUGCCACUCGCAUGCGCCGAAGUGUGCUGGAGCUGCUCCUUUAUGCGGGAACCAGCGGGUCAUUGCACAAUCUCGACGGGUUGGAGCUGCGACCAUCAUUGGGUGAAAAUAAUUCAGACAUGGGUCAAGCCUGGUCAAAAUUGGAGGAACUGGGUGUUCUUCGACGAAAAGCGAUCACAAACAAGGAGUAG